AUGACCUCGGACGGAGGAGCCAGGAUACGUAAAGCCAUCGACACCGUGCAAGACAGCUUGUAUGUAGCAUUUAGCAUUGAAAAGUUGAUCGUCAGUAGCAGUGCUACGGGUCCGUUCCUGCAACGAAUUGCCACGUUGACUGAGAGAAUUUCGUACAUGGCCUAUAAGGAUCCCGUGUUCCAACUGCCGGCAGACAACACACUCACCGAAAUCGAAAUUGUCAAUGCCGUAAUGCUUCGGUCGUUAGUAGCUGGCACGAACCGUCAUCUGACGCGACUAUACGUGGAGAACUGUCUUCUCGAUCGUAUACCACCGACACUCUCCAAUAUGAUCGAGUUGGAGGAGCUGCUUAUCAUGCAGUGUGCAUUGACAGCGCUGCGCCUAGACGUGCUGGUGAACAAUCCUAAACUCACCACCAUCGAUCUGACGCGUAAUCGAAUCCGUCAACUGUUUCCGAUCACCACGCCACCGAAAAACAAACUGUCUGUAACUUUCCUCAGCUUGGCUGCGAAUCAGCUGGAACGUCUAGACAUGUCCAUGUUUGCCUUCAUGCCGGACCUGGAACGGUUCGAUGUGCGAGCAGCAGUAUUACUUCUGUGCAUCCUGCUUAGCCAGGUUGGUCUACCUUCCUGUUCGGCCCAAUGCUUAGAAGGCAGUAUGUAUUUUUGUAACAUCGGAGUUAUCAACAUGACCUCGGACGGAGGAGCUAAGAUACGUAAAGCCAUCGACACCGUGCAAGACAGCUUUUAUGUAGCAUUUAGCAUUGAAAAGUUGAUCGUCAGUAGCAGUGCUUCGGGUCCGUUCCUGCAACGAAUUGCCACGCUAACUGAGCAGAUUUCGUACAUGGCCUAUAAGGAUCCCGUGUUCCAACUGCCGGCAGAUAACACUCUCACCGAAAUUGAAAUCGUCAAUGCCGUAAUGCUUCGGUCGUUAGUAGCUGGCACGAACCGUCAUCUGACGCGACUAUACGUGGAGAACUGUCUUCUCGAUCGUAUACCACCGACACUCUCCAAUAUGAUCGAGUUGGAGGAGCUGCUUAUCAUGCAGUGUGCAUUGACAGCGCUGCGCCUAGACGUGCUGGUGAACAAUCCUAAACUCACCACCAUCGAUCUGACGCGUAAUCGAAUCCGUCAACUGUUUCCGAUCACCACGCCACCGAAAAACAAACUGUCUGUAACUUUCCUCAGCUUGGCUGCGAAUCAGCUGGAACGUCUAGACAUGUCCAUGUUUGCCUUCAUGCCGGACCUGGAACGGUUCGAUGUGCGAGGUAAUCGGAUCGUCCGCUUUGAGGCUACGGCACCAGUAACCUAUGGUUCGCUUAUCCGACUACUCGUCUCUUCUAACAAUAUAACGCAGUUCGAUACGCGCAAUCUUACUCUUUCGGAACUGCGCUCAAUAUACUCGGACGAUAAUGCACUCACAGAACUUCCCACACAUUGGGGCAAGCUACCAAAAUUAAUCUACCUCGGAUUUGAUCGAAACAAUUUGAAACGAAUUGAUAUGAGCUUUUUUGCAAAGUUUGCAACGUUAAAUUCAGUCAUUAUUAGCGAAAACAUCGUCGAAACGAUCCGCACCUCCACUCCGAUCACGAUGCCAGAGCUAGAUAUCAUACUGUUCGAAAGCAAUCAGAUUGUGUCGGUGAAUUUUACUGGCUGUAAUUUUCCUAAGAUGAACCUCAUUUCGUUGUCAAACAACCGCCUUACAACGAUUCCACCACUGUUCCAACGUUUUCCCGAAUCGCGACUAGCAAUGGAUGGCAAUCCGAUUAAAUGUUCCAGCAUGACGGCAUUAAAGAGCAAAAUCACUGACUAUAGGCUCUACGUGACCACCGGUACCACGCAGUCCGACUGUCCCACAACUUCAUCGAUCGCACUUGAUCAAGAGCGGCUAGCUUGCUGUGAUGCUUGA